UCCGAACUGGCACUAUGAAGCAAUCUCCAUCCUCGAUCUCGAGUCCCAAUUCUACCGCCGCACUCAUCUGCGCUAUCAUCCUCCUUAUCCUCCUCCGCCCAGCCACAGCCCUCGUCCGCCUCCAUGGCAGCUCCUUCUCUUUCACUUUCAUAGACGCACCCGCGCGCUUCGCCGUCCCCGUCGAUGGCUUCGGCGCUUGUGGUUCUCUUUACGUCGCCAAUACCCUGGACGCGUGCUCUGCACUGCGCACAAACUUCUCCGCUGAUCGCGUAGGCACAACCACAGGCGUUCGCUUUGUUCUCAUUGAGCGCGGCGGGGGCAGCUUCGACCGCAAGGUUAGGGUUGCGCAAGAUGCUGGCUUCCAGGCUGCAAUCAUCUUCGAUGAUCAGGACAUGGGUUACUUGUAUUCGAUGAUUGGAAAUCCAUCGGGCAUCCACAUACAUGCAACAUUUGUUUCGAAGAUGGCAGGCGAGACCUUACAGAAGUAUGCUGAAGGCGAAGGAGAAUGCUGCAUAGGCCCUCCGAUUGAGGAAAAUGCAGGAACAGUGCUUGUGAUUUCUUUCGUUUCUGUUGUCAUUAUAAUAUCAGCUAUUGCCGCAUUUCUAUUUGCUCGAAACUGUUGGAUUCUUCGGAAUGGUGGCCGUCGAAAACCUCCUCGUAUGGACAGGGAGGAAGUAGAAAUACUUACAUGUUUCAUAUUUAAAAGGGCUUAUUUGACCACCAAACAUAUUACUGAAACUUGCGCUAUCUGUCUUGAAGAUUAUCAGGAUGGAGAGAGACUCCGCCUUCUUCCCUGUCUACAUGAAUUUCACUCGGCGUGUGUGGAUUCAUGGUUGACUAAAUGGGGAACAUUCUGCCCAAUAUGCAAAUACGACAUGAACUCCAGCAGGUAGUUUCUUCCAGUUCUGUGUUUGUAAAACCAAAAUUUUUCUGCAUAUAAUGAUUUGCUCUCCUUAUGUCUUUAUCGGUUGUUCGUUGCUGCUAAUUGUGCACGCCCACCACUAGUUUUUUAAUUUAAGCAACAGGGAGCAGUUAAACAGUUCUUCUCUUCUAAUGUUGUAAAAAAUAAUAAAAAAUUCUUUUUGUAAAGUGCAGUUAGUAAAGCAGUAUAUUUGAGUUUUGUUUU